AUGUCGACAGUCUUGCCUCCGCCGUCUAAGAGGCAGCGCCGCGAGGUGCUCGAGCGCUCUCGUGUUCAGCAAGAUGUGACUGCAGUUUCUGGACCCGAGGGCUCCUUCAAGGCCCGAUUCGUCGAUCCCGAUGGCAACCAGCAGGCACUGGUGGAGGUGCCACUCGCCGAUGCUUCGGAGAAGAAUUUGUCGCUUCUUCUAAAUACACUUCUCGCUAGGGAAAAGGAAGACUUUGUCCCUUACCGGUUCCGCAUCCACAUCCCGGACAGCGACAUCAUUGUUGACCAAUAUCCUACCGAUCUGCUACAACUGCUGCGCAGCCACGGAAUUGAGAAUCCUUUCGAAACUACGGUUACACUGAGUGCCGAGCCACAAGCAGUCUUCAAGGUCAAAGCUGUGACCCGCAUGUCGCAUCGCAUUCCAGCGCACGGCGAAGCCAUUCUUGCAGCACAAUUUCCUCCCCAGACUAGCAGCCUACUUGCGACAGGAUCAGGCGACAAUACCGCGAGAAUCAUGGAUACGGAUACCGGCACGCCCAAAUACACUUUGGCUGGCCACAAGGGCUGGGUGCUCUGCGUUGCAUGGUCGCCGGACGGACGCCGACUCGCGACUGGCAGCAUGGACAAGACAGUGCGGCUGUGGGAUCCGGUGACUGGCAAGGCCGUCUCUGGUGGAACGUUCAGCGGCCACGCCAAAUGGGUGACAAACAUUGCUUGGGAGCCAUAUCACCUCUGGAGAGACGGUACGCCUCGGUUAGCCAGUGCCAGCAAGGACUCGACGGUACGCGUAUGGAUUGUAGACAAUGGCACAACGGAGCAUGUGCUCUCGGGACACAAGAGCAGCGUCAGCUGUGUCAAAUGGGGGGGCACAGGAAACAUCUAUACAGCCAGCCACGAUAAGACGGUCAAAGUUUGGAAUGCAGAGCUCGGCACACUACUGCACACACUAUCUUCCCAUGCGCAUUGGGUUAACCAUUUGGCGUUGUCUACCGAGUUUGCGCUGCGAACAGCCUACUUUGAUCACACGCCGACGCCGACAACAGAGGAGGAGAAGCGCCGCAAGGCCAAGGAACGAUUCGAAAAAGCUGGCAAAAUACAGGGCAAAGUUGCUGAGCGGUUAGUCUCGGCUAGCGAUGAUUUUACCAUGUAUCUCUGGGAUCCGUCACAAGGGACAAAGCCCGUAGCGCGCAUGCUUGGUCACCAAAAGCAGGUCAACCAUGUAACGUUUUCGCCAGACGGAAGCUUGAUUGCCAGCUCAGGCUGGGACAACCACACAAAGCUUUGGAAUGCUAGGGACGGAAAAUUUAUCAAUACUCUCCGCGGACACGUGGCACCAGUAUACCAGUGCGCCUUUUCCGCUGACUCGCGGCUGCUUGUGACAGCGUCCAAGGAUACGACACUCAAGGUGUGGUCGAUGGCGACACAUAAGCUAGCCUCGGACUUGCCGGGUCAUCAAGACGAAGUGUAUGCCGUUGAUUGGAGUCCAGAUGGCAAAAAGGUUGGUAGUGGCGGGAAGGACAAGGCUGUCCGGCUGUGGUGCAAUUAA